CCAAUAUCAUAAAUGUUGGUGCAGAGAGGAUGAUGUGGCAUCCAGAGAGACAAGAAUCAAGAAUUUUGGGUUGGGUGGGGGAGGGGCUACGUUCAUGUUCUUGUGGGUUCUUGGACCACACACCCUCCCUUUAUAAAGAGCACUUACUCCUUCGUCUUCUCACUUCAGAUCGAGUCUUCAUUUCAACAAUCAUCUCUCUUCCUCUUCCUCUUCCUCUGUCCCAAAAAGGCAGAAAAGCAAGAGUGUAGUUUUUUACAAUAAUAGUAAAGUGAAAAAUGAAGAUGAACAGAGCAACCAUGAAAGGCUCCAAGAAGAAGAUGUCAUGUAGUAAUAGAAGUCUUGGAGGCUACCUUAGAGAACAGAAAGGAAGACUCUACAUUAUCAGGAGGUGCAUAGUCAUGCUUCUCUGCUGGCAUGACUAGAGUUAUUUCAGUGGAGGUAUUACUAAUUCCUAUCAUCCACCAUCAUCGCCAUACAUAUCCAUGAAGUUGAAGCAAAGUUUUGACGUAUUUCAUUUCCUGGAGCUUGCAAGGAACCGAGUUCUCGCUACUUAUAAUUCUUCUACAUCUCCUGCUUCUUCUUCUUUAUGUCUAUUUUCUCGAAAUGUAAAUAUGAAGAUGCUCUAGCUAGAUAUUAUAGUACGCUUGUUUUCUUACAUCGGAGUUCUUCAAAUUAAAUGGUUUAGAAGCAA